GCUUCUCUUUCAGGUGGUAAAAACCGUAGCGAGGAAAAGAAGAGAGACAGAGACGGAGAGCUCCUCUUCUCUUAUCUUCUUUAUAUAAUGCUCUCGAGCUCGACUUAGCGGUCCUUUCCUCUGCCGCUUUGCUUGCGAGGGCGGUCUCCCAAGCCCAGAGCCCGGUUUUCUCCGGUGUUUACCGGGUUUCCAACGCGAUUCCCAGAUUCCCUCGCAAGAAUUCGAGGCCGCCGCCUCUCUCGCCAGGUUUCCGAUCGCUUCUGGGAGGCGUUCUAAGUUUCAUCUCCUGAUUCCGAGGAGAAUUAGUUUUUGAUCUCCCUGAAGUCUAAGGGGUCUGGAGAUUUGAGGGAAUCUGGGGAAUUGACGCUGGAUUUAGGGAGGAACUGCUCGGUUCGAGGUGAUCCAUGGAACCCACGCGAAGCUCCGGCGCCGGAUCUGGAAAUUCCGGCACGUACACGCCGGAAAUCGAGGAAUCCCUCCGGUUCGAGGAGGAGAUCCAGAGUCUGAUGAGGGACAACACGAUGCACCCCAGCCUUGAGCCUCCGCCGGCGAGCGGCGGCGGCGGCGGCAGCAGCUCCUUCACUGCCCUCCUCGGCCUCCCGGCCAACCAGGCCGUGGAGCUCCUGCACCAGCCGGAUUCCGACGAUUCCCCGGCGGUCGCCGCCGCUGCAACCUCCGGCAGAGAGUUGUGGCGGUUCCGGCUGAGGGACCCCAAAGCCCUGACCCUCCCCUCCGGCUUCUCCCCGACCUUCCCUUCCAACGCCGCCCUCGUGGAGCGGGCGGCGAGGCUUUCCGUUUUCGCCGCCGAGGACUCGCCGGAGGCGGCCUCCGUCCCGUCCCACUCCGGCGACCGCUUUCCGAAGCCCAAGGCGGAGCCAGCGGACUCCGACUCCCAGCCGAUCUGCCCAAUCCCCGGCGAGCGGCCGCAGCGGCCGGCGAAGAGGAAAGAGGCGGAGAAGGGCAACAAGGUGAAAGGAGCCGCGAAGAAGACCAAGAGCGCGGAGGAGGGGAGCGCGAAGGGUGCCGAGGAGAACACCGCCGGAGAGAAGCUUCCCUACGUGCACGUCCGAGCUCGUCGAGGCCAGGCCACGGAUAGCCACAGCCUCGCGGAGAGGGCGAGGAGGGAAAAAAUAAGUGCACGGAUGAAGCUCCUGCAAGAGCUGGUCCCCGGUUGCAGCAAGAUAUCGGGUACGGCCCUAGUGCUGGAUGAAAUCAUCAACCACGUACAGUCCCUCCAACGACAGGUUGAGCUCUUGUCGAUGAGGCUGGCAGCGGUGCACCCCCGGAUCGACUUUAGCGGCCUCGACAGCUUUUUAUCGGCAGAGUGUGGACGGGUGUCGGUGGGUAACGGACGGGGCGGGGGUGGAAUGGAGCAGUCUGCGUGGACGGAGGCCACGGACGAGAGUCGACGGCAGCCGCAGCAGCAGAUCUGGCACGUCGAUUUGGUGCACCCGCAUCAGACGCCGUCGGUGUGGGAAAGGGUCGACUCGCCCCACCUCUUUGUCCACCCGGGGACCUCGCUUUUCGGCUACGACCCCGCCAAUUCCGUAGUAUCGCUGCACUCCAACCAGUUGAAGACGGAACUCUGAAGUCGCAGUGGUGGUUGCUGCCAUAUUAUGAGCAUGCUCAUGAUGUACAUAGCAAAGAUACUAUUGUUAGAUUGAGUAGAGUGGAAGAUGAGAGUAUUAACUCUACAUUCUUUAGAGUUAUCAGCUCUCUGCUCAUUAAUUGCAGAAUAUGAUAAAACCCUAUUUUCUUAUAUGAUAUCCUUGUUACUCAGUUUUCAGCA